AUGCUGUGUUUAGGCGGUGCAGUCCCAGAGGGCCAGCUUCUAGUGCUUUCGCUUCUGCUCAUCACAAUUUGGGAAGUGGGGAGCGGACAGCUCCACUACUCAAUCCUCGAGGAGGCCAAACACGGCACCUUCGUGGGCCGCAUCGCACAGGACCUGGGGCUGGAGCUGCCGGAGCUAGGUCCUGGUCUUUUUCAGUUGGAUUCAAAGGGCUUUGGGGACCUUCUGGAGGUAAAUCUGCAGAACGGCAUUUUGUUUGUGAAUUCUCGGAUCGACCGGGAGGAGCUGUGCGGGCGGAGCAUUGAGUGCAGCAUCCACCUGGAGGUGAUCGUGGACAGGCCGCUGCAGGUUUUCCACGUCGAGGUAGAGGUGAGGGACAUUAAUGACAAUCCUCCCAUGUUUCCAGCGACACAAAAGACUCUGUUUAUUCCCGAGUCCAGACUGCUUGACUCGCGGUUUCCACUAGAGGGCGCGUCAGAUGCAGAUGUCGGUUCCAAUGCUCUGCUGACUUACAGACUGAGCACCAAUGAACAUUUCUCUCUGGAUGUACCGCCCAACCACGAGCAGGUGAAACCUCUUGGUCUUGUUUUGCGGAAACCUUUAGACAGAGAAGAAGCUGCAGAGAUGCGCUUAUUGCUCACGGCCACCGACGGAGGCAAACCGGAGCUGACCGGCACCGUUCAGUUACUCAUCACAGUGCUGGAUGUCAAUGACAAUGCUCCGGUUUUUGACAGAUCUCUCUAUACCGUGAAAUUACCAGAAAACGUCCCAAACGGAACAUUGGUGAUCAAAGUCAAUGCCUCAGAUUUGGACGAAGGCGUGAAUGGGGACGUUAUGUACUCAUUUUCGAGUGAUGUUUCUUCAGAUAUAAAAUCCAAGUUUCACAUGGAUGCUGUGAGUGGGGAGAUUACAGUUAUCGGAAUUAUUGAUUUCGAAGAGAGUAAAGCUUACAAGAUUCCACUAGAGGCACGUGAUAAGGGCUUCCCACCACUGAUUGGUCACUGCACGGUCCUUGUGGACGUUGUAGAUGCUAAUGACAAUGCUCCACAGCUCAAAGUCAAAACGCUCUGGCUCCCUGUUAAAGAAGAUGCACAACUGGGGAAAAUUAUUGCCCUGAUCAGUGUGAUUGAUCUAGACUCAGGUAUCAACGGGCAGGUGACCUGCUCCUUGACUAAUCACAUCCCCUUCAAGCUGGUGUCCACCUUCAAGAAUUAUUAUUCUCUCGUGCUGGAUAGCGCACUGGACCGAGAGACCACAGCUGACUAUAAAGUGGUGGUGACAGCGCGGGACGGAGGCUCGCCCUCCCUAUGGGCCACGGCCAGCGUGUCUGUGGAGGUGGCUGACGUGAACGACAACGCUCCUGUGUUUGCGCAGCCCGAAAACACUGUGUUCGUGAAGGAGAACAACCCGCCUGGCGCUCACAUCUUCACGGUGUCGGCAGUGGAUGCAGACGCGCAGGAGAAUGCGCUGGUGUCCUACUCGCUGGUGGAGCGAAGGGUGGGCGAGCGCUUGCUGUCGAGCUAUGUGUCUGUGCACGCGGAGAGCGGCAAGGUGUUCGCACUGCAGCCUCUGGACCAUGAGGAGCUGGAGCUGCUGCAGCUCCAGGUGAGCGCGCGGGAUGCUGGUGUGCCUGCCCUGGGCAGCAAUGUGACUCUGCAGGUGUUUGUGCUGGAUGAGAAUGACAAUGUGCCGAUGUUGCUUGGAACUGGGACCGGUGGUUCAGAUGGAGUGUUCAAUCAGUUGUUGCCUAGGUCCGUGGAUCCUGGUCACGUGGUGGCGAAGGUGCGCGCUGUAGAUGCAGACUCUGGCUACAAUGCUUGGCUGUCUUAUGAGCUGCUCUCUUGGCCAGGCAGUAUACGCAGCCCAUUCCGUGUGGGAUUAUACACUGGUGAGAUCAGUACCACAAGAUCUUUGGAUGAAACAGAUGGGACUAGACAACGUUUCCUGGUGCUGGUGAGGGACCACGGUGAGCCUCAGCUGACUGCCACAGUCACCGUGGUGGUGUCUCUAGUGGAAAGUGGCCAGGCCCCAAAGGCCUCGUCCCAGUCGUCUGUGGGUGUUAGUGUGCCAGAGCCAUCUUUAGUGGAUGUCAACGUGUACCUGAUCAUCGCCAUUUGCGCAGUGUCCAGCCUGUUGGUGCUCACCCUGCUGUUGUACACAGCGCUGCGCUGCUCGGCGACGCCCUCUGGGGGCGCUUGUGGGUCCGGGAAGCCCAUGCUGGUAUGCUCCAGCGGGGUGGGUACCUGGUCUUACUCGCAGCAGAGAAGGCAGAGGGUGUGCUCUGCAGAGGGCCCACCGAAGACCGACCUAAUGGCCUUCAGUCCCGGUCUACCUCCAUGUCCUGGAUCAGCAGAACUGUCUGUAUCUUUGGACUCCUCUGAGAAGCCACUGGAUGUCGCUGCCGUCCACGAAAUAUGUAGCUUUUAA